AGCAUGCAUGUGCUCAUCAUGUUGUCGCGGACGCUGUCCUAUCGCGAUUCACCACGAUGAGUAAUCCUGGAAGGUAUGGACAAUCUGUGGGGUCGAGCAACGCUUCUUGGCCCGGGAUUUCCUUCCUGUUGAAUUCCCAGCUCUACCCUGCGAUUUCAAUUUUUUUGUUUUUUUGUUUCCUCCAAUCGCGAAUAUAUUAUUCUUACUCGCUCGGUCGUUCCCAGAAAUUCACCUCCCUUCCAUGGCCGCCUUCCUUCUUCUCUCUCCGUCCCUAUUCCAGCCUUCUUAAUGGCCGUGAGUACUUGUCGCAGACUCGUGCGUGCCCUCCAAGUCUUCUUCUCUAUCUCCCCUCGAGGAGGGAUCCAUCAAAAUCCCAACUUUCUCUUCCUUGGCCCGUUUUUUCUCUAGGAUUUCAUCGUUCUCAGAUUUCUUCUCCGAAAAAUCCAAUCUCUUCGACCGAACUGAGGUCUCUCUGGUUCUGGAAUUCCGCUGCCCAAUUCAGCUAUGGACGACUUGGAUCUCGACUUCCAGUUCCCAGGCCCUGAUGUCGGGGACCAUAUGCCCCGUAACUGCUCGAUAAAUGGCUUCUUCGACGAGAGCGUCAAGGACAUGCCCCGCCACUCGUGCACCCACACCCACACCUGCAAUCCUCCGGGUCCCGACCUCUCGCACAGCCACACCUGCUUCCAUGCCCACACCAAGAUCCUCUCGGCUCCUGCCAUGGAAACUUUCGAGUCUGCCGAGAAGAGCUUACCAAAGAAGAGACCGAUCGGCAACCGAGAGGCUGUCCGGAAGUAUCGCGAGAAAAAGAAGGCUCACACAGCCUCGCUGGCGGAUGAGCUUCUCCAAUUGAGGGCUCUCAAUCAGCAGCUGAUGAAGAGGCUGCAGAGGCAAGUAGCUCUGGAGGCAGAGGUGGCAAGGCUUAGGUGCUUGCUUGUCGAUAUAAGGGGAAGGAUAGAAGGAGAGAUUGGAGCCUUCCCUUAUAACAGGGCAGCGAAAAUGGGUGGGGAUGUGGUUUCUAAUGCAACCCAGGGGAACUUUCUCGGAGCUCACAUCAUUAAUUCGUGCGAUGUGCUCUGUGAUGACCAGAUCAACUGCAUGCAAUUGCUGAUGCAAGGCAAAGACGGGGAUGAAGAUGGAGAUGGUGCAUUGAAUGGCGAGAAAUUUGAUGCUUGUGAGAUUGGCAAUAUUCGGUGCAUGGGGAGUUCUGAGGUCAUCUUGGCUUGUGGCGGUGGAAAUGUGAUGGCUGCUGGGUGUUCGUCUAAGGCCGAGAAAACUAAAGGUCUGUUCUGAUUUACAGGUAAUGUUGUGUUUAGCCGUUAGGCAUAAGUAAAGCUUAUACUGCGUACCAAAUAUAACUCCUAUGGUAAACGAAAAAUUAGAGAUGCAGUGGAGUCCCCCCCUGUGUAAAAAGAUCACCAGCUGCCAGCCACCAUCCAUGUACAGUCAAGCAAGUGAAACUUCCAUCACUCAAGAUUGUAAAGAAUUUGAAUGUAAAGGCAACUAAAAGGUUGGUUGGUUAAAUAAAUUUUUAGAGGAUUCCAUUCUGGAAACCAAGUGGUUGAUUAAUUAGCAAAUUCCAGUACCUGU